UUUAAUCUGUGAUAAGUGAUUCUGGUUUAUAAAUUUUGUAUCAUUUCUAUUUUCAUUUUAUAAUCCGUACAAGCACCAGUUCUCAGUACACACUUCACAGCUCUGUGCUUUAAAAUCUUUAGAAGAACAUUAUAAACAGACCAGGUAUUCAAGGUCAAAUAAUAAAUAUUAUUGUUGUAGAUCACAAUCGAGGAACAUAUUGAAUAAGAGUAAAAAAUGUUGAAAAUAUACAAAUCGAAUUGCUUCCCUUCAAAUCAAAACCAGUUCUUUUAUACAUUCUUCGGUGGUAGAAAACAAGUUGGCAAAACUAUUUACAUUACUCCAAUAGUAAAAUAUCCACAAGUUGCAGAACUUAAGCUACCCACAAAUGUGAUCAAUAUAAAUGAGGCUGAAAUGGGCAGAUUUUCUCCUCUAAGAGUAAGAGACAUAUCUGGACCUGUGAUUAAUGCUUACAAUAUAAAACAUGCUGCGUCUCAAAUUGAUAUAACAUUUCAAUCUGACCCCCAUGUCAAUAAGUAUGAUUGCCGUGGAGCUGUGAGUUUGUCUUCAUCAAUGCAGAGUAAUGUGCCAAGCCCAUUUACUGGCAACAAGACACAUCUCAACAUGCCAGGCUCGCAGUGGGGCCAAGGACAUAAGUACUUAUCAGACCAUCUGCAUAGUGCUCAUUACCUAACUCUGAGAAAUGAAUACAGGGGAAAGAUGUAUAAAGCUAUAACCGUUGGGGCAAGAAAAAUGAGUACAGAACCGGAUGUUCCGCUAAGUGCUAAAGAGAAAUUAAAAAAAGCAGUCAAAGAUUAUGGCGCAACUGUUAUAGUAUUUCAUGUUACUAUAUCUCUACUAUCUUUGGGGGGUUGUUACGUCCUUGUAUCUAGCGGAGUAGAUGUGCUGGCAAUUCUGAAGUAUUUUAAUAUUGGUGAAGGAGCACUCUUUAACGCAGUAACAUCCAACGCCGGCACAUUUGUGAUUGCAUAUGGAGUACACAAAAUUUUUGCACCAGCAAGGAUAGCCAUUACACUGACCGCGACGCCAUUUAUUGUACGAUAUUUACGAAGGAUAGGAAUUUUAAAAAGCAGUGCUUCUGGUGGUGGGAAAUAAAUAUCAUUCUAAAACA